CGGCGAUUGUUAACCGAUCUGUCACGUAACAUUUACCGAAACACAGCAGUUGCUCGCUCACAGUGGUUGUAUGUUGUGUACAAAUGUAGAACGAAAAUUUAACAGAGCUGAGCAUGAUGUCAUCUUUGUUCCCACCAAAGAAAUUAAAUUACUUAAUACUGUAGUGAAUAUUUAUCUAAAUCAUAUAUGACGUAUGUGUAGGAGUGUAUGGUUGGCGUUUACAGUACUGGCCGAUUUAAACGUUAUAUGGCGGAAACUGGAGCAGAUGAAUUGGAAUGAAUGACCAAUUGCUUGUUCUGAAAAAGUUUCCCCUUGUUGUUCCUCAGAACAGAGAUUUUACACUGUACAAAGGUUUUAUUCAAGCAGGGGUAAGUAUUCUAAGAAGUGAAGAAUUCUACAUCUGUCUGCACGUACCACAUUACCCAUUCUUGAAUGAUCUGUCAAUCAGGUGCUCAUGGGAACUGAGUGUUAUUCUUCAAGGACAUGAAAAGAAUCUAAAUGAGUGGACAAAAAGUUGUUCAUCCCUGUUUGCUUACCUGGAGUGCCUGCAAAAUCUAAUUAUGAAAUGCUUGGAGGCAGGUACUGCUGCAUCAUUACUGCAUUCAGAUCAUCAUCUCCUAGUCAAAACAUAUAAACACAUUAUAUCUGAGCUGGAAGUCCUUGGUCUGGAUCAUGUUCUUCAUGUCUCCAGUUCACUGAAUGAGGUGAAACUGCAGACUGUGGACCAGGCAGGAAGAAAUCACAUCCUCAAUCUCAGUCUUGGGAUGAACUAUCCCAGCUCACCACCAGUCAUUCAUGCUGAUCUUCCAGAACAGCUUGUCAGAAACAUAAAGACGGGUUCUUCACUUGCUGCAAUUUACAAGAGCUUUGUGCAGCAGGUUUCAGGAUUACAAAUGUUCUGGGAAGUGCUAGAUGAAGUCGAUCGUGAAUGCUGGGUGAUAGAUCCUGAUAACCCAACAAGAAAAGAUAUGUACAGGAGGAUUGUGAUUGGGAGUAAUGUGUCAAUACAGAUUACAGUUGACCCCUUCAAUGCAACCAAGAGGCCAGAUAUCAAAUUCCUUGGUUCAGAACGAGCCAUCAUACCAUUUAAAAAAUCUCUUACUGAAAAGUUUCAGUUUUGGUCCAGUGAUGAUGGAUUCAUACAAAACCUGAAGUUUGUACUAGGACUGUCAGGUUUCCCAGCAGCACCAGCUGAUACUGGACACCCACAGGAUCUUUUACAUCAAGGGGAAUGUGCCAUCUGCUUCAUGGCUCGACUGGAAGGAGAACUCCCCUCACAGGCUUGUGAUAAUGAGAAAUGUGGCAUGCUGUAUCAUUUGUCCUGCUUAUUUGAGUGGCUACAAACACUCCCAACCAGUAAUAAAAGUUUCAAUUAUGUUCAUGGAGAGUGCCCUAACUGUAGCAUGGCAAUUUCAUGUCCAAAACCAAGUUUAUAUGAGAAUUAAAAUUCUGCCCUAAGAGCACACUCCCAUCUCAGAAGUGUAUUCCUUCAAUCUCACCAAGUGAGCAGAAGCCAAUCAGGAAGUAAGAAAAAAGUUAGUGGUGAAAGUUGGAGAUCUGGUGCCGUCAUCGUCAUAGAGACAUGAGAAGUGUUCACUACAUCCUGGAAGAUGGCAUAAGCACCUAACAGGGGCAGGGGUAGAUGGCCUGUGAUUUGCACAGAAUUUCAGCCUUGUACCUACUGGUCCUUUGGAAGACACGGAGAAGCAAGCGUUGACAUUAUAUGUGGGGGAUCAUUCUUAAGAGAAUGUACCACCUAUUGCUGCAAAUAAGACAAGCCACGUAAAGAAGUUAUAACACUUUGAUGCUACAAAAUGUUUUAUUUAAUUACACAAUCCUAACAGCUUCAUAACUGGCAAAAAUGCACUACAAUAAAUAUGAUGUGGUAAUAUCAUGUUUAAAACAAGAACAAAAUGUAAAACAAUGGGAACUCAGUAUACAAAAUAUACUACAGAACUGCUAUAUUAGGUAUCCAUUCCAUUGGUUUCACAAAAUUUACAACCUGUCAAUGACUUUGCUUGCAGUAAAUACCAUAUUGACCUUUUAAUCUAUAGAAAAUGACAUGCUUUCCAUUAACAUUUUUACAUUAAUCAUUAUUAAAAACUUUUAAAAAGAAUAAAGUUUGGUGGGUAUAUAAAUGCAAUCAACAAGCUUGGUAUGGAAUUUCAUAACAACAAGAGCAGAAUAGAGAAGUCCAGUAUUGUCAGUUACAUACAGUAUAAAUUCAAAAUUUAACACGUCUCAUAUUCCAUCCCUAAAGAGAUGAAUAUCCAUGGCUUUAUUUUUAAUAGACUGCUCUUAUGUAGAUACAUUUUUUGAAAUAAGACAUACCUUAGUAAAUGACAAUGGGAGUUUUAUAAACACAACUCGAAAAAGAUUUUUAGCCGCUUUGAGAUUUUUUACAAAAUUAAUGGAGAAAUUUAUCUUUGGGGAUGGUAUUAAGAAGGUCAAUAACUUGUGCUGUCUUAGAUAUAUUAUUGCAGUAUUUUACAAAUCAAGUGAACAUCAAUUAAAUGGCAGAGAUACUAGGGGAGCAUGUGAAAAAAUAUAUGCAAUAUUAUGGUUGUAAUAUAGUUCUAGUAACCGUUUUAAAUCAAUAUGCUUUAUGCAAAUAUUGUAUUUUAUUAAAACCUCCACCUUUCAUUCAA